GGGCCCGCGAGGUGCGGGAAAACUCCAGCCCGGGGCCCCGCCUCGUCCGCAAUCUGAGUUGUUUUACGCGGUGAUUGUUUCUCAUCUCCGACGGUUUGUUCGCCGAGCCGGUCGUGAGUGGGCCCAAAGCCCCUGACAUCUCUCCCUCCCCUCCCCUUCAUCCGGAUUGGGUUUCAUUAUUGAGCUUGGACUGACUGAAGGAUGUUCGGUAGUGGGGGUGUCACAGUCUGGUUGAGCUCUUUAUUGAUCAGGGGUGGUGACCCCGAGGCAAUUCUCAUUCUUCAGGCUCUGUACUCAGCCGGGCUGUGAUCAAAUGGGACCAGACUUUUGGCUUCCAGGGACUCUCAAGAUGUCGGGGAUCGCCCUGAAUCGCCUCUCACAGGAAAGAAAAGCAUGGAGGAAAGACCAUCCAUUUGGUUUUGUGGCUGUGCCUGUGAAGAAUCCAGAUGGCACGAUGAACCUGAUGAAUUGGGAAUGUGCUAUUCCAGGCAAAAAAGGGACAACUUGGGAAGGAGGCUUAUUUAAACUCCGAGUGCUUUUUAAGGACGACUACCCAUCUUCACCACCAAAGUGCAAAUUUGAGCCACCAAUAUUCCACCCAAACGUGUAUCCGUCGGGAACUGUGUGUCUGUCAAUUCUAGAAGAGGAGAAGGACUGGAGGCCAGCAAUCACCAUCAAACAGAUACUAUUAGGUAUUCAAGAACUUUUAAAUGAACCAAAUGUUCAGGAUCCUGCUCAAGCAGAAGCCUACACAAUCUACUGCCAAAACCGUGUGGAGUAUGACAAGAGGAUUCGUGCACAGGCCCGGCGAUUUACACCAACAUAGAUAUGAGCCAGAGUGGGUUGUGGAAUGGAUGAUAGAAAAUGACAGGGAAAUUGCUUGGCAAGACCUUGUGGUUUUUUUACUAAAGUGACCAGGUUUUAAAUUGGGCCUUUGUUUUAUAAAGUCCCGAUGCAUUCUUUCCACCAGGAACUAUCUGAUGACUGACACUUUGUUUUCCCUUUCCUCCAGUCCCAGGUUUUUGUUUUUGCUUCAUAUUGUUGCCCCCAUGUGGAAAAUGAGCAUUGGUCAAUUAACAAGCCAGGUACUUGCUGACUUGGCUUAAUUCAAACCCCUUUCAGGGUCCUGACUGACGAUUUGUAUUUUUGAUGGUUUAUGAUAAAAUAUGAAGAUGAAAUAAACUUGCUUUUAUUUUAAUAAAGAAGCUGAUAUUCCGAGUGCUGUAAAAAGCUAAAACUUUUAUACUUUCCUAAUUCACAAGUCCAGAUAAUACCAUCUCCAUUUAUUAUUGUCAGUGUUUAAUGAGAGGAAUAUUGUUUUUUGUGCUGUUUAUGCAGAUGUAGAAGGCAAAUUUGAGCAUCCUGGGGUUAUUUUGUGUUCCACCAGGAGGCGGGCUGGACUCCCACUCGGCACAGUCUGUGCAACAUUUCCUCUGUUUACACAGCCUUGAUUUCAUGUGUGUCUUUAGAAAGAUAAUAAAGGAUUCGUACAAAA